GAGGAUUUCAACCAACAGAUGGCAGGCGCAGCAGGUCAGUCUUGUCAGUGAGGUUGUGAUGUAGGGAUGUAAGUUGUCAGCUCCUCGAAAUAACCAUGCCUCUCAAUGCUGUGGAUGCCCGGGACAGCCCGCCAUCUGGCUCAAAGAAAGAAGCGGAGGGCCCUGUCGUCGUCCACUUCCCCGUGACUGCGAGCAGCCCAGAUCUAAGAACAACCACAGCAUUAAACACGACAGCAUCAUCAACAACUACAACAACAACAACAAACAAUCCCUGUGGCGGAGACAUACAACAACUAAAAAGGCAAAAAAAAAAAAAAAAAAAAAAAAAAAAAACAAAAAAAAAAAAAAAAAAAUCUGCAACCUCCCGUUCUAAAAGGAGACAACACAGGGAGGGAGGAAUUAGCAGAGAGGGAGGGGACUUCUCUCAACUGUCAGCUCGUAUCUCAUUUAUUCUUUGUUUGGAAGUUCCAAAUUGUUUGAUUCGCAAAGCAGACUCUUCUGAAAGUUUCCUCUCCGUUCGUUCCUUCUCCAGACUCAAAGCAAGCCACUUGAAAUCACUCUUUCUCCGUUUUGAUCAAAUCUCAACGUUUAAAAGUAUUAGUCAGUCAAGGUUCUACUCAGACUUGUCACGUGAGAAGAAGCUUCACACGGGCGUCAUUUUAACGUCGAAGAAUUGAACAUUAUCGCGUAAACACUUUUGUCCCUUUUUUUUCCGAAAAAAAAAAAAUUGUGACAGAAAAUUAAAAAGCAGCGAUUUCUUAGUGAAACUCUUACCAUUAAAGCAUCCAAGAAGCACCUUUCUAAUUUCAAGGUUUAUUGAGAGAUCACAAACUAGCUUUCAGAGUUGUUUUUGUUUUAAGUGUGAAAUUUCGGUGUGAAAUUCCAUAUUUCAGGUGUUCAUCAGAGGGACGCCAUAUUUGUGUUAAGGAUUAACCCCCUUCGUGUCUGUAGUUUCCAAUUCCAGUGUGUGCUUCAUCCCUCUUAACUGGUUGGUGAUUAUUGUCGGUGCCAAAGAGUAAUAAGAUAUAUUUGCAAUCACAUGUGAAGUGAUGCCCGUGUGAGUUUUAAUUUUAAGUUUCGAUUCCGUUUUUAAAGUGUUCGAACACGACAGUUCCAAGCGGGCUCUGGAAUGACGAAAUUUCUUGAAGAGUGUUGUGAAUAAAAGGCCGAAACUGACUUUUGCUGUUAUAUUUUUGAGAAAAUGAGAGCUCAAGAUCUUACUUUGUGAAUUACACUUUUUUUUCACGGAAACAUUUAGGUCGGAGAAACUUGAUAUUCGUAUUUGUUGUUUUAAAAGAGGCAGCUCUCCGUACGUGAGACAUUCUUACGACAGUAAAAAUGGAGAAUCGGAGCGUCACUUGAAGAUAUUCUGUGAUUCCCAAUGGUGAUUCGGUGUUAAGAGCGUUUUCCUCUCUUUCUCUUUCUCUCCCACUCUCUCUCUCUCUGUCUCUGUCUCUCUGUAUCUCUCUACCCCCCUACAAAUGAUCUCUCCACCUCUUCCUCGAAGCAGAUGGUGACUCGCCAAGCGAAAUGUUGUCGUGAGUUCAACAUCUCGAAAAGCAACGUUUCACCUUUGGAUUUGUGAAAAAAGACAAGUCAAAAUUUCCCGAUAUUUAUCCCCCAGAAGAAUCUGCGAAACGACGCUCAUGUGAUGUACUGGAAGAUUAAGAAGGAAUAAGAAGUGCUGUAUUUUUUAUACCUGGUAUCAUCUGUAUUAUCGUAUUUGCGAUCAACAUUCCUUACCAUUACCUCAAGCUACCUGUUCCUUUUAAUAGUAGAGAAGACGUGUGAAAUUGACGCUAUCGAAACUUUGGACAGAUUUUCUCUCUUUGGAAUAAAAACCAGAUGUUUGAUUCUGACCGGAACGAAAAAGUUGUGUAGAAUUUUAGUGUCUAUGUAUAAAAAGAAAUAUAAGACUUUAGAAGCCUCAUUCGUUUUAUGAAUGUGGAUACGUUGCUCUUUUGACGAAUAGGGAAGCAAUUCCUUUCAUGAAAGUCGAAGCAAUCACGUUUUUGCUCGUUGAUUUUGAAUUCUGAUGCACACAUACUGAAGACUUUGAAAACUUUUGUAAACUAAACGAGGCGGCGAAUCAGAUUUCAAGCUAAACAGUUUAUUUAUUUAGAUCUAUUGAAAGCAUUCGCAGAAAGGAAUGUUCACCACUUUCGCAUUGACGACCAGGCAACCAACGGAAGUUCUCCCAGAGGUCUGCAUGGAAGUUUUCUGAGCGAAGGGAGAUAAAAGAGGAAGGAGGAGGAGGAGGAGGGGAGGAGAAGGAGGAGGAGGAGGAGGAGGGGGAGGGAAUAGUUCAGGGAGUUGGACAGCGAAGAUCACCAUGGGAGAGCUGCAGGCCACUAUCGAAUUGGCUCUGCAUAUCCACAAGUUCUACAACGUCGAUCUCUUCCAGCGCGGAUACUACCAGCUUCGUAUGUACCUGAAGUCCUCUCCCAAGAUACCAGCCAAAAUCGAGCUUAGUUUACCCAGAAAUACAAGUGGAAGCGGGCUGGUGUUUCCCGCGUGUGUGGUGAACGGGUCGGCCGUGAGCAAAACCUUCCAGAUUCUCUACCGGAACGAGGAAGUUCACCUGGACGACCACGUCCUCUUCAAACUCCACCUGAUCAUCGAUUCCCAUAAGCUGGCCGAUUGCCUAGACCGAGCAGAUUUACAACUCGUAGCAGAACUCUGGUUCACCGAACAUGCUUUCGGACCUGACCACCACAAUGCUAUCCAAUGCGUCUCCAGCCGAACGCUCAACCUCCACUUCUCUCCCACUAGGGGCCUUCAUUACCAUCUUCCAGUGCUUUUUGACUACUUCCACCUCUCUGCUGUUACCAUCACCGUCCACUGUUGUCUCGUAGCCCUACACCAGCCAUAUAUCAAGAAGACCAUACUCACCUUAGUACAUGACUGUGGAGGUCGAAGCGGCAAGUCUUGGAGUUCACCACGGCUCAGCGCCCGUACCCAGCAGUCAAACAUGGAGACAGUGUUCUUUGGCUCAGUUUUUCAGUUUUUGGCCAAACAUUCAGCAGUUCAUCGACUUGGUCUUCCUCUCUUGAAAAUCUUGCCAUCACAGCCAGGCAGAUAUAAGAAUAGUAUCACAUGGUUUAAAAAUAGUACAAUCAAAUGUGGUGGUGGUGGUGGCAGCAGCAGUGCUUCUUGGCGCUUAGCUCAAGCAAGAGCUACCCAUCGAACUAUCUGUACACUUUUAUUAGCUGCUCAUACAGCCUUGGCAGCUCAGCUGGAAACAAUUAUGGGUAUAUUGCCACCAUGGGCUAGUAGUAAUUCAAAUACUGGUGCAGGUGGUACCUCUACAACUUCCACACCACCUACACCACAGCCAACUCGUCUUAAAGUAGACAAUUUGUCAGAUGUAGCAAAGGAAUGUUACUUCGCGCUAAUUGGGGGUCAGACUCCCCGCUUUGAUCGCCGGAAUAAUGACCGAACAAGGGCUGUCGAUUGUGAGGAGGAUUUCUUAGUUGUAGCCAACAGUGAUAUAGCACAGUUAUGUGCAGAGAAUAUACUAUUAUGGCAGCACUUCCUCAGUGUUGUGAUGAGCUCAGAACCAGUGAGGCAGUACUUAGCUCGCCAACAUCACAUUCAGAGGGUAAAACGUUUUGCCGAGGCAUUUUUUGUAAUAGACAAUCCCCGUCCCUCCGCAAGUGGGUGCUACGAUAGUAAUUACCAAAAUUAUGUUGUAGUAUCUGAAGCUGUGAGACGAUCUCGGUACUUUAAUUCUCUACCACCUCUUGCGAUUGAAUGUGUAGAGAUGGAUGGUGAUGCAACCACAUUGCCCAUUAUAUUUGAAGACCAAUACCAGCAUGUAGCAGAAUUUGCACGUAGGAGAUCUAUCGUUAGUCGGAAAUCUGAAAAUUAUAUAAGUCCAGCAGAUAUCCAAAUAGCUAUGGACCAAUUAGAUGGAGAUAGUGGAAAACGUGAUGUUAUUCCUCCUGACGUAACACGUCCAGAACCUCAGACACGCAAUGGUCUAAAAGUCACUCCUGCUGAUCCUCCCAUGUCAGUUCUGUCUCAUUUAGAAGGGAAGGCACACGUUAAUCAUGACACUAAGUCUAUUUCAAGUCAUGACAAUAAGUCUUUGACAAGUGCAGUAUUUGACAGCAAGGCAGCCAGCACAAGUGGGUAUGAUUCAAGGGGAACAAGUAACAAUGAAGUGAAAGCACCAAAAUACGGGUCAAAGAGCAACAAGGGUCAGGUGCAUGGGGUAAAGCCAUCUCUUCCCACUUAUGUGAUAGAUAAAGAAAAUAUUCCAAAUAAAGAUAACCAAGGUACUUUCAAGUUACGAUCGAAAACAGGAGAAAGUCGGUCCCGCAGUAACGAUUCACGAGUGUCCUCGGUGCACAGUGGUGGUAGUAACAGUAGUAAGCAUACCCUUGGUAGUGGAUCUGAGAGUGAUGAAAAAACCUUAGGCUCUAAAGGUUCUAAAGGCUCAAAAGGCUCAGGGAAUAAAGAUGAUUCUGAAGGGGAAGAUAAACCUCCAUUACCUCCCCGUACAGACAAGAUGCCAAAAGAUUUUAAGCCUCCAAUUCCUCCCAAAACUCAUAAGCUUCCAAUGGCUAGAAAUAGCUUAAAGGAAAAGCUGAAAAAUAAUUUAAGAUUAGAAUUAAGGCUUCCAGCAAACCAGGGUGCAGCAUACAAAAGAGCAAAAUUUAAGGUUAAAUUGAUACAACGAGCUCAACAACUUAGAUCCAGUGGCUCUAGUAAUCACAAAAGCAAACGUGCUCAAGCAAAUGCCAUAGCAGAAAAUGUUGUAUUGUUAAAGUACCGUCGUCUAGAGCCCUCUCUGAGCAUGCCUUAUAAUUUGGGAGCUCAUACUCCUGGGAGUGGCAGUUGCGGGGGAGGGGACCAACCAAUGAGACAUUCUCAGAGUACUCUUUCAAUGCCUUCUUUCCUUUGGGAGGUAGCUAAUGCUUCCUCUCCUGGGAUCACAGAAUCAAUGCCAGAUUUAUUAGCAACUGAUUCUGAAUCAUCAUCUGACAUCCACCAAAAACCUCCACCACCAUUGCCAAGACCAAUGCGAUUGGAUCGUAAUCCACCUGUCCUGUCUAAUGUUGAAGUUGGGCUUGUGUCUGCAACAGAUUCUACACUUUUGCAAAUAGGGGGAGAGAAAGUCACCCCAUCAUCUCUGGCUAAACAUAAGAAAAUGACUUCUCCUGUUAAGAAAACUCCAGAGAACCCCAAACCUUUAAUAUUACAAGACUCCUCUUCUAAUAGUGAUAUCACUUCUGAACGAAGUGGUUGGGUGUCAAAUUCAAGUCGUCAGAGUUCAGGUUCAUCAAGUGGUCAGGUCAGUCCAGACUUGGACAUAAAACAGUUCCCCAUAAAAGACAUGCUAACAGCAGCAUCUACAGCUCACUUUAAAAGCAAUGGAGCAAACAGCAGUGGGUCAACUUCAAAUGGUACCAAAUCCAGUGGGACUAAGUCGAAUGGUAUAAAAUCCAAUGGAACAAAAUCCAGCAGAACGAAAAAUAGCAAUAAAUUAAAUGGAACACAGUCAGCAAAAAUGCACAUUAUUGAGGGUACGAAAACAAUACCUGGAGUAAAGUACAAAGGUAAACCUGGAGUAAGAAGUCCAGGAAACCCUAGAGUUAGUCGAUCUGAAUCUCGAAACCAGGGCACUAAAUCUAGUAACAAAGAAGUUACCCAUCGGUCAGCCUCCAACGAUCAACUACAGAUAAAACAAAGGAAAUCACCUCACAGAAAAGAAGUUAAGAAAUCACAGUCUUUGCAGAAAGUUAACAAUUCUAACAGAGCAGAAUCCCACCUUUAUGAAGAAGUACCUCUGCCUCCUCCACCAAAGGAAUUCCAAGAUCCACUGCCUGGGUUAAGAGAAGCCUUAAAGAGAGGUGGGUUUGCUACUACUGGAAGGAUACCACGGGAAGAUAGAGGUGUUAAACGUGCUAUGGUAGGUCAUAAAGACAGACCACGCAGUGAAAGUCCAAAGACAGAAACAGGUAAAGCUCACAGGGAUGAAGGGUACAAAAGUGAGCGUAGUCGUGGCAGUUCGCGUACUGUUACUCCAAGGCACAGUGGGGAAUUUGAAUUAGAAGAUAUUAGUAAUGUGUAUGAAAGUGUAAGUGAGGUUUUGAAUGAUGUUAAAAGGACUUCUAGGAAAUCUGGACACGGGCAUGAUAAGUUCAAUUCUCUUCCAUCUAUGAAAAGGAGGCACCAGCCAUCUUCAGGGCCAGGUAGACCAGAGAAAAGGGGACCAAGUAGGAAGAUGGCUGGCACCCCCGACAGGUUAUCUGAACCCACACCAACAAAACUGAAUCAACAGCAUAUAAAUGGAACAGAACGUGUUCGAACCCAGUCUGCACCACCUCCAAAUAUUGAUAAGGGUGAGCUUAAAGAGGCGAAAUCCCAGCGACGCUCAGAUCCAUUAUCAUCUAAGUCAGAUCCUCCAACACAUUUAGCAGAUAGCAAAUGUACAUUACUAGAGUUGUUCUUAGAACAGCAAGGGGCUAGUGUAUGGGCUCACAGAGAAGCACAAAGAGAACUGUUAAAAGCAGCUCAAAAUGCUGCUAAGAAGGAAGCUGCUAAUGCAGAAUCAAGGCUUUUUCAGGAAGUCGGUCGAAAAUCUGAUGAUACACCUAAGGUUAAUUCAGAUGGAAAAGUCAACCCUGACCUUGUCACUGAUGGUUUUGAUGACAGCUUGUCAGACAUACCGCCCCCUCCUAGACCUCCAUCGCCAAGAGAGAGAGGCGAGCCCAAGUGUACCUGCCCAUCUGAAUUAAGAAAAGAAAGAGGUCGUUUAGAGGACCCACCUGAUCUUCUACCUCCUAAACUUAACCCACCUGUAGCUGAUACCCUGGCAUUUGUGAAAGCAAAGGAAGACUUCAAACAGCAAAUUAAUUUUCAAGGGUUACUUUACAGUGACUUUUCAGGUUUAGCUUCUACAGUUCCUUAUUUUCACGUAAGCGAUGAUUGCCGGGUAUUAUCACCAGAUGGUCUCCACCUGAUAAUCUGUGUUCAUGGCCUUGAUGGCAACUCUGCUGACCUCCGACUUAUCAAAACUUACCUUGAAAUGGGUCUACCAGGGGCUAAUUUGGAUUUCCUAAUGUCAGAACGCAAUCAGGGUGACACCUUUUCAAAUUUUGAAACCCUGACUGAGCGUCUAGUAUCAGAGAUCCUGUAUCACAUUGAAGCAUACAACCUUAACCCUAAAAGGAUAUCCUUCGUUGGUCACUCGCUGGGUAACAUUAUUAUCCGAGGGGCAGUUUCUCAUCCUCAUAUGAAACCAUUUCUACCAAAACUCCAUACAUUCCUUUCCUUGUCUGGACCACAUCUUGGUACUCUGUUUAACAACAGUGGCCUUGUAAACAUGGGAAUGUGGUUUAUGCAGAAAUGGAAAAAAUCAGGUUCCUUGUUACAGCUUUCUCUCAAAGAUCGUGUCGAUAUACGCCAAACUUUCCUGUACAGACUUUCACAGCGUUCCCAGUUGCAUCAUUUCCGUAACGUAUUGUUAUGUGGGUCAACGCAAGACAGAUACGUUCCAUUACAUUCCGCUAGAAUUGAACUCUGCCGUCAAGCUAUCAAGGAUAAUUCUGUUAUGGGCUCAGCAUACCGCGAGAUGGUGUCAAACCUUUUACAACCAAUCAUCAGCUCCCCAUCUGUAACCUUGGUUCGAUAUGACAUCCAUCAUGCUUUGCCUUCAACAGCAAAUUCCCUCAUAGGCAGAGCUGCUCACAUAGCUGUACUUGAUUCUGAAUUGUUUAUUGAAAAGUUUCUUUUAGUAACUGGACUGAAAUAUUUCAAGUAAUGGUAUCUUGUAUGUAGAAUUUUGGAUAUUGAUAUUUUCUAUCUAUUGUAAGUCAUGUAAGUCAGAUUUAAUAAUACAAAUGUAAAAUAUUGUAAAUAUAAAGUUUUACAUAGGUA